CAACGUGGGAAUAGUCAGUCAAUCGGUUCUGGACGAACUUUCUCCAAAGUUACUCUGGCUGGAUUAUUUCGAACACAAAUGUUUAAUUAGAUCUAUUUAAAGACUCAAGAAAAUUUCUGAUAAAAAGCAAAGCCGCUCCGAUAAAACAGAAACAUGUUCACAACUAGUACGCAAAAGCAUUUUUGGAUUUUCGCCGAUGAUGAAGCCCUUAAAAACAUCCGCGAAGAAACCAACAGGAAGUUUGUCGAUAAACAUUCGAACGACUUAUCCGAUAUUAAGGAAGCUCAAGAUCAUUUUUUAACCGUUGAUGAGGAAAAAACCCUUUUGUCAAUGUAUGAGUUCCAGUUGAAAGAUUUUUGUUUCAAGUUCCAGCCUCCAAUGAACAAAACAGUGAUAAGCACAGCGUUUCAUUAUUUUAAACGGUUCUAUCUUUACAACUCUGUGAUGAAUUACCACCCAAAGGAAAUUAUGGUGACUUGUAUAUAUCUGGCUUGUAAAAUUGAAGAAUUCAACCUUACACUCAAUAGAUUCGUUGCCAAUAUUCGCGGAGACAGAGAAAAGGCAACGGAUAUCAUUUUGAACAAUGAAUUAUUGCUCAUGUCUGCAAUGAAAUUUCACUUAACAAUUCACAACCCUUACAGACCGGUUGAGGGAUUAUUAAUCGAUCUAAAGACUAGAUAUCCACAUUUCGAUGCUGAAAUUCUCCGUCCGCAUGUCGAAGACUUUUUGGAUAAGGUUUUACUCACAGAUAUUCCUCUACAGUAUGCACCUUCUCAAAUUGCAUUAGCAAGUGUUUUGGAAGCUGGAAGAAAAUGUAAAGAAAAAGUUGACCCUUAUGUAACUGAGACAUUGGUGACGGAUCAGUCAUUGUUGCUCCCUGUAGUCGAAGCUGUUCGAACCAUCAGAAAGACGGUACGGAUGACAAGUAUUGACUCACCGAACCGAGAAUUACGAAUCGAGCUGGAUAAAAAAUUAGAAAAAUGUAGAAAUCAAGAAAAUAAUCCGGACAGUGCUAUAUACAAAUCCCGGUUAAAACGCUUGGAGGAGAACAUGGAUGAUGACGAAGCAUCGAGAGACUCAAAUUUUGAUCACUUCGAUGACUCUUUUAAUUAACUUUUCAAUUUGUCUCUUACAAAUAGAAUUAGUUCGGCAUAAUAAUAUCUUUUGUAUAUCAGUGUCAAGAUGAGGUUAAUGUAAUUGUUUGUACUUUCAUAGAUCAAUCAUAUUGUAAUAAACUAGGAUUUAUCAAACUA